AUGGCACCUACCGUGGACUUGAAAUUGGUCUUAAAACAUUUAUUUAAUGGAACUCUUGGCGAAAAUUUAUGCAUUAUUUGCUUGUCACAACUAAAUAACAAUUAUGAGAACAUCUUGACAAAAGUUUGUAAGGAGGACAGUGAGUUUUGUGUGGCAGAUGUACUGAAUUCUAUCUGCCAAAUGAAGUUUUCAGAGGAAGACAACUAUAAUGUGUGCACAAAUUGCUUCACAACAGCGUAUAACGCUCAUAAAUUCUAUUUAUUAUCAAAUCGCACCAAUGAAAUCUUGAACUUUUAUACAGAUGAGCUCACACAUAACUUACAAUAUAUUAAUUCACCUGAUGACAUUGCUAACAAUGCAUUAUGUAUAUCUGUUCCAACCAUACUUAAUGUUACACAAAACUUUGAACUCAAUAUGCAAGAAAUUGGCAAACAUAGUAUGGAGAGUAAUGUACCAAAAAUAAAAGCAGAUCGAUCAAUGAGACAUAUCAAAACAGAAGAAGAUGAUAAUAUUGUUGUGGUUGUCCAAGAAAAUGGUGAAUCACUAUUUUACAAGGUACAGCCAGAUGGGACUUUAGUGUUACCUGAUGAUAAGGAGCAAAUUAAUUUUACGAAGAAGUUAUCUUCAGCGGUUAUGCCAAAGACUGAAGCUCGUAAAGUGAGAAGAAAAAGACUACCGAUGACACAUAAGCUAUGUAGUAGAUGUCCUGUUAAAUAUAGGUUUGCUGCCAAAUUGAAGGAACACAUGAAAUUGGAGCAUAAUAUUGAUCUCUUUAUUUGUAAGAUUUGCCAAGCUAUAACAGAGGAUGAGCAUGAGUACUACAACCAUAUGCGGACUCACACUAACGUACACCAGUGUGCCAUAUGUAACACUGUGUUCAAGAAGAGGGACACCAUCAUAAACCAUCUCAAGUGGCAUGAAAGGAUGAAGAACAUUAGUCAGAUUGAAGGUGCCCACAUUUGUGAAAUAUGCGGAGUGAUAACGGAAGAUGAGAAGAGUCUCCGAGAACAUUACGACAGCAAACAUCACAAGAAGUAUACAUGCUAUUAUUGCGGGCGUCUGUACAAGGGCGAGGGUAGCUUCGAGAUGCAUAUCAAGAAACAUGAGGCUCACCUGCAAAACACUAUGCUCAAGUCUACAACUGAGGUCACUAAUAAGAAAGAUAAACCAGAUCCAACUCAGAAAGAGAACAAAGAAAAGUGCAUGUGUCCCACGUGUGAGAGGUACUUCGUGGACGAGCGAGCUCUCAUGUGGCACCAACGACUACACAACAACGAGAGACCUUAUAGCUGCGAGGUCUGCGGUCGUGGGUUCGUGUCCCGUAACCGCCGCAACCAACACGCGCUAUGCGCCCACACAGCGCCCACACGCCGUUGUCCACUCUGUCCAGCGCUGUUCCACCUCAAAUCCAUGGUCAAUACACAUAUUAGAAAGGUACACCUAAAAGCCCACAAGCGUCGUAAUCGCGUGUCGAAACACCAGAACGUGUUCUGGCCGACAGAAACUGUUCCUAUACAGGAUUUAAGCGUUGACAUACAAAACGAAAUUCUGGAGUUGCAAGCUAUGAAGAAGGAACGUAGGAUAUCCAAUGCUGCGCCCGCGAUGGACAUCGAUUUAUAA